CUGGUUUUCAUGAGGGUUAUGGAUUUAUCACAGUGAAGAAGGAGAACUUGAAUAACAUAUUGCAACAGAAACACAUCCUGGAGGGGAACGAAUUAUCCGUGUUAGUUAAAAACGGUAACGUAAAUAACGAUCUAACUAACGAUAUACUUAAUUGAAGAAAAGGGAAACACAAUUUACGAACAAUGGCCGAGUGCGACAUAAAUAUAACAGAUUUGGAGGAUAGAUUCAACAGAGCUAGCAAGUAUAUGCAAUCACUAGUGUCGGAAUUAGAUACAGACCACCUGCUCACAUUUUAUGCUUUGUACAAGCAAGCCACCGUUGGUCCCUGCAACAUCUCGAGGCCCAAUUGGUAUCAGGUGCAAGCCGUACGCAAGUAUGAGGCGUGGAAAAAGCUUGGCGAUAUGAGCCAGGAGAUCGCAAUGGCCAAUUAUAUCGAUGUCAUCGCGAGGGUGAAUCCGUCGUGGGAAGAAGAAGCAAAGUUCGAGGAAUCACGUGGAUGGACCUCUGUCAGCAAGUUACCCAACACAGACGCGGCGUUGAAGGAUACGGAGAAGACGUUUUUGGACUGGUUGAAAGAGGGCAAUGAGGCGAAGGUGCGGGAAAUGGUGAGCAAAGAGCCCGGACUUUCGGGGAGAAUGGACGACAUUGGUUUGUUACCCAUACACUGGGCCGCGGAUCGGGGCCAUGUCGGAAUCUUGAAGUUUCUGAUCGAACAAGGCGUGGACCUAAAUUCGCUCGAUCUCGAAGAACAAACGCCCCUUCAUUAUGCGGCGGGUUGCGGUCAUAUGGAAGCAGUGAGGUACUUACUUUCAAUCGGAGCCGACACAUCUAGAAUAAAUGGAGAUGGUAUGACACCCAAAGAUAUCGCCAUUGAUUCGACUAAGGAUCUCUUCUGCUAACACUACAUACCAUAGUGAUGUACACAUGCACGCAAUAUUGUUACUCUGUUUGAAUAUAUUAAUAAAUUUUCGACGAAUAUAACUUCUUGCGAUGAUACACGAUAA